AUGGAGUUUGUAGAAGUAUCUGAUGAAUUUCAAACGAACAAGUACAGCUUUAAGCGUUAUAAAGGUCGACCCUUCCACAAGACAACACCAGGGAAUGUCAGGGAUCAACUCCAAAGGUUCUCGGAAUUCCAAUGUAGGGCGGAUGACGUGCUAUUAUGCACAUUUCCAAAGUCGGGUACUCAUUGGGUCUAUAACACUGUACAGAUGCUAAGAUCAGGAACAUUGAAAUACUCUGGUACACCUCGGGUAGCUGACGCCGAGGAUCUUAAAUUAAUAGAACAAAUGGAGACACCCAGAACAUUUCUGACGCAUUUCACAUUUCCAUUGAUUCCAAAUGAUGCUAAGAGAGGAAUUCCAAAGGUCAUCUUUGUCUCAAGGAAUCCGAAAGACGUGCUAGUGUCUGCUUUCCAUUACAUUGACAAUAUGUGUAACACUGGAUUUGAGGGAGAUUUCAAUUUUUUCAUGAAAUUCUUUUUGUCGGAGGAAUUUUACGUAUCGGGUGCAUCCUGGUUCACAUAUAUGAAGGAAUGGUCAGAUGGGCUUAGACAGCAUCCAGAAAUGCGUGUCCUGUCACUAAUAUAUGAGGAUUUCAAGAAGGACACGUACGGCACUAUUGAAAAGCUAGCUGAUUUCCUUGAGGUUAAAAAAGAUGCUACAUUUUUACGAGAAGUAGAAAAGAACAUCACUUUAGAACACCUGAAGGAAUGUCAUGCCAAGAUAACAGGAGAAAGCGACAGAUGGUCAAUGGUGGACAAGAGUGGUAGGGUACCUAUCUACAGGAAAGGUAAAGUUGGUGAUUGGAAGAAUAUGUUUACUGUAGCACAGAACGAACACUUCAACGCCGUGUAUCUGGAGAAGAUGGCAGGAUAUGAAUUUGCUUUUGAGUACGAGUAA